AUGAAUCAUACCGAGAUAGUCCUCGACGAAUGGCGACAUCUUGAGGCUGUCGUCGACGAGAAAAACAGAAACCAUCCGAUUGUGUUGACAGGCUGCAACUUGAGUGUUGCUGACAUCUUGGCUGUGUCGAGAUACAACUCUCCUGUGGAGCUCAAUGCAUCGGCGCCUGCGCUGAUGAAGUACAGCCUGAAUCUGCUAGAAGACAAGCUCAGAAGCGGGGAAAUCAUUUAUGGUGUCAAUACUGGCUUUGGAGGGUCGGCAGAUGUGCGAACCCGCGAACUUGUCAAACUCCAGAGGGCCUUGAUUAGGGAGUUUCAUUACGGUGUGCUACCGCCAGGUGAACGAGACCAUGAACCACCUCCGCUGGACGCAUCUCUGGCAAGAUACCAGUACAACGAUGUCGGCAACGACUCUUUCCAUCUGCCGUGGACCUGGACCCGCGCCGCCAUUGUUAUACGCAUCAACUCUCUGAUUUCCGGAUGCUCGUCCGUCAGGCCCGUCAUGGUGGAGCGGAUGCGGGAUUUGUUGACGUACGAUAUAAUCCCCAUGAUCCCCAUGCGUGGCAGCAUCUCGGCCUCUGGUGAUCUCAGCCCUCUCUCAUACGUCUGCGGAGCCGUUCAGGGCAAGACGACCAUACGCAUCCGCUCCCGCGACGGGGCUUGUCGGUACGCCGACGAGGCCUUUGCCGAGUUCAACCUCGAGCCCAUUUCCCUGCAAGCCAAGGAGGGCCUCGCCAUGACAAACGGAACCGCCGUGUCAGCCGCCGUGGCUGCUCUGGCGGUUCACGACACUCAUGUCAUGGCCGUGGUGGCGCAGAUACUCACUGCAAUGACUGUUGAAGCCUUGAACGGGACAACGGAGAGCUUCCAUCCUUUCUUUUCCGAGGUUCGACCGCAUCCGGGUCAGGUCGAGGCGGCAAGAAACAUUCGGGGAUUCCUGACAGGUUCUUCGCUCACCCAACUCAACAAGGGAGAGAAUCACAACCUCCGUCAGGACAGAUACUCGAUCCGGACGGCACCGCAGUGGUUGGGUCCUAUUCUCGAGGAUCUGGUUCUGGCACAUCAGCAAAUCUCGAUCGAAUGCAACUCGGUGACCGACAACCCCCUGAGCACCGAAGGAGAGCUUAUCCACGGAGGAAACUUCCAGGCCAAGGCCGUCACUUCGGCCAUGGAGAAGGCGAGGCAGGGCGUCCAGGCGAUCGGCCGCAUGGCGUUUUCCCAGUGCACCGAGUUGAUCAACCCAGCCACCAACCGAGGUCUGCCUCCGAACCUGGUCGCCGAGGAUCCAAGCGUUUCUCUCAUCUUCAAGGGCGCGGACCUGCACAUUGCGUCGCUGGCUGCAGAACUCGGGUUCCUCGCGGCCCCUGUCAAUCACGUCCAGACCGCCGAGAUGGGCAACCAAUCUCUCAACUCCCUGGCCCUCAUAUCUGCCCGCUACACUCACACCGCCAACGAGGUGCUUGCGCAGCUGCUAGCCGUGCACCUCGUCACCGUCUGCCAGGCGCUGGACCUCCGGGCUAUGCACCACCAAUUCAUGGAGUACUUCCGGCACCCCUUCUACCGGCUCGUGGCCCAGCAUUACCCGGCAGCAGUGCACCCCAAGGAGGCGCUGGCCUCCAACGGCACGUCAAAGACGGGGGGACUGGCCAGCCAGCUCUGGGCCCAACUGCAGGUAGCCUUCGACUCCACGACCGGCCUGGACGCCGAGGAUCGCUUCGAAGCCAUCGCCAAGCUGCUGCGGCCCGUCCUGCUGGACCACACCACCAUCAGCAAGGACCCCAACUUCGUCGCCGUCCUCGAGGGCUUCAGCAAGACGCUCGCCCUCUCCCUGGACGAGACGUGGCGCGCGCACCGAGAUGCGUAUCUGUCCCACGGCAGCGCCGCCUCGCUCCUGGGCAUGGCGAGCAGGAGGGUGUACGUGUUCCUGCGCAAGUCGCUUCGUGUGCCGCUGCUGGCGACGUGGAACCUCGCCACGCCCCGGACGGAGGAGAUAGACACCGGCACGGGCGUGCACGGGAAACGGGCGCCGACGGUGGGGUCAUAUGUCGGCGUCGUCUACCGCUCCCUGAGGGAUGGGACCUUUGCCAAGCUUGCUAUGGAUAUCCUAGGAGAUGUCUAG